GUCAUUUCAUUGACAUGAGUGAGUUUCAGUUCUCGCUGUCAUCAUAACAAGAAGGCAACAUUACUCCAAAACAGAAACAAACGCUUUGCAAAGUGUUUAAUAGCGGACAUAUCUUCUGGAAUCUAAUUUCAACUAACUUUUGAUUUUGUCCCGGUCUAUAAAUGUGCAACAGCAUACGUCAUUGGUGAGGCCAGGCUGCCCGAUGAGAGAGCACUACUCAACCCCAAGGACCUCUCCCUGGUUGCAGUCAAGCUAGAGGCCGUCGAGGACCGAGAGAGAGGCUUUGUCUCCUCCUCCCUCCUUUUCCUCCGUCCGCCUCACUUCACCACCCAAUUUUCUGCUUGAGUUGGUCCCGUUAGUGUUUCAAAACUGUUUCUCCAACGCUUUUUCAAGAAACUCAGACUGUUUUCCAAAGUAGAAGCAGCGCCACAGCCCUCCCACCAGAACGGGGUGAUGGGAAGUGUGCGAGCCAACCGCUACAGCAUAGUGUCAACCGAGGAGAACGGUAUGAAGUUGGCCACCGUGGCAGUGCCCAACGGGUAUGGGAAUGGCAAGGGCAAGGUGCACACGCGGCACCAACCCCAGAGCCGCUUCGUCAAGAAGGACGGUCACUGCAAUGUGCAGUUCAUCAAUGUGUCCGAGAAAGGCCAACGUUACCUCGCCGACAUCUUCACGACAUGCGUAGACAUCCGCUGGCGGUGGAUGUUUGUCAUCUUCUGCCUUGCCUUCCUCCUGUCGUGGCUGUUCUUCGGCUGCGUCUUCUGGCUGGUCGCCAUCUUCCACGGGGACUUGGAGAACAACUCCCAGAAGUGCGUCUCCAACGUGAGCAGUUUCACUGCAGCCUUCCUGUUUUCCAUCGAGACCCAGACCACCAUCGGCUACGGCUACCGCUACGUCACCGACGAGUGUCCCGUGGCGGUCUUCACGGUGGUCUUCCAGAGCAUUGUGGGCUGUAUCAUCGACGCCUUCAUCAUCGGCGCCGUCAUGGCCAAGAUGGCCAAGCCCAAGAAGAGGAACGAGACGCUGGUGUUCAGCCACAACGCUACAGUGGCCAUGAGGGACAACAAGCUGUGUCUGAUGUGGCGCGUGGGCAACCUGAGAAAAAGCCACCUGGUAGAGGCCCACGUGCGUGCCCACCUCCUCAAGUCACGCACCACGGCAGAGGGGGAGUUCAUCCCUCUGGACCAGAUGGACAUUGAUGUGGGCUUCGACAGCGGAGUCGACCGUAUCUUCCUGGUGACGCCCAUCACCAUCGUCCACGAGAUCGACGAGGACAGCCCAUUCUAUAACAUGAGCAAGCAAGAGCUGGAGACGUCCGAGUUCGAGAUCGUGGUGAUCCUGGAAGGGAUGGUGGAGGCCACGGCCAUGACCACCCAGUGCCGCAGCUCCUACCUGGCCAGCGAGAUCCUGUGGGGCCACCGCUUCGAGCCGGUGCUCUUCGAGGAGAAGAGCUACUACAAGGUGGACUACUCUCGUUUUCAUAAGACUUAUGAGGUUCCCAGCACCCCGCUGUGCAGCGCCAGAGACCUGGCCGAGAAAAAAUACAUCCUGUCCAGCUCCAACUCCUUCUGUUACGAGAACGAGGUGGCGCUGACUAACAAAGAGGAGAUGGACGAGGGGAACGGGGGUAGCGUGGGCCCAGAUGUAACCCAGACAGACAAUAUGUCAGACUCAGAGCAUCAGCAGGCCACUGUGCCACUAGAGUCCAGGCCCCUGAGACGAGAAUCUGAAAUUUGACUGUGCAGAGACUGCAGACCACCGCACAGAGAAGAAGAUUCUGAUUCUAGAAUCCCAUCUAGUUGUUAUAAAUGGCACAUUGAGCUGAGCUGGGCCUAGUGUAAAGGACAUUGAGCUGAGCUGGGCCUAGUGUAAAGAACAUUGAGCUGAGCUGGGCCUAGUGUAAAGGACAUUGAGCUGAGCUGGGCCUAGUGUAAAGAACAUUGAGCUGAGCUGGGCCUAGUGUAAAGGACAUUGAGCUGAGCUGGGCCUAGUGUAAAGGACAUUGAGCUGAGCUGGGCCUAGUGUAAAGGACAUUGAGCUGAGCUGGGCCUAGUGUAAAGGACAUUGAGCUGAGCUGGGCCUAGUGUAAAGGACAUUGAGCUGAGCUGGGCCUAGUGUAAAGGACAUUGAGCUGAGCUGGGCCUAGUGUAAAGGACAUUGAGCUGAGCUGGGCCUAGUGUAAAGGACAGGUUCAUGCCGACGGUACUGCUGUGGGAAGGGGAUAGCUGGGGACUUGUAACUUUUUUUUAAACAAUGUAAUUGCAUAUUACAGCAAGCACAGCACUAUGAAACACGUGCAUAUAGGAAGGAAAACGUUCUUGAAAAUGAUUCCCACAAGAAAAUGAAAUGUAUGUAUCACUUUAGCAUCUAUGUAUAGAAAGGAAUGUGCAUCUGUAUAACAUAUUGGAAUGGGUGUUAGCUACGAUGACUUGAAAAUAGCAGGCAUGUCUCUCUGUUCAUCUGUCCAGCAAAUCAUGAACAAGAUGAGAACAACAGUUCUAUUUCUAUUAUUUUGUCUUUUAGUAUAUAAAACAAAUGCUGCUAUAAUCAAAUUCUCUACUUUCUCGUUGCAGAGAAACUGGGGGAAAAACAUGCAAAGAUGCCUACCCAUAGAGUAACAGAGAUAUGUAGAAAGCUUCUGCUCUGUGAAAACCAAAUAUUAUUUUUAUUUAGCUAAUUUGCACUUUGAAUUGAUCCUGGGCACCCGGCUCCAAAGUACUCUAAAGUUUUGGAAUGUUACUCCAAACAAUUAAAGAUACAGUACAGCCUUGUAACGAGACCUUGUUUUUUUCUCCAUCUUUUGCUGAGAUUGUAAUUUUUGGAAUCACCAAUUUUCCAGUGAAUGCAAAACUGUUUUAGCCUUUCAAUAGACUGUCAUGUUGCAGUCCACUGGGGAUCUUUGGUGAAUUACAUCCAAGGAAAUGUAGCUCGAUGUAGAGAGACAUUCACACUAUCGGAGAAAACACACUAUGCAGCCAUUGUAAAAGUAGUGGGACAAAACCUUUCAAAUGAUCAAUUAGAGAAAUGUUUCUGAACUAUUAGCAUUCAUCCAUACUGUACGUAUCCAAAGCAGACACAGUCAUGUUGUAUGUACUGUUGGUAAUGAGUACUGUUAUUCUCUUAAUAACAGACGUACAGCGUAACAUACAUUAAUGGGUCGUUCAAUGCUGGUCAAAUCAAUAGAAACAUGGCUGGUUUGUUGGAAGGAAAUUAGCAGGGUGGUUUUAGUAUUGGAAAGAGCAGCAGAACUUUACAAACGACACCAACAAGACAAGGGAGGGAGGAAAAAUUAGCAUACGAAUGUUGUUAAAAAAAGUGCUGCUACGCUGUUGCAUUUUGUAGGGUUUGAUAACAGAAGACGCCAAAAUAUUAUUAUUAUUAUUAUUAGAAUUAUGUGUCUCAUCCAUUUGUUAUAAGUGGUAGAAGUAGAGUAUUUUUGAAGUAAAAUUUUUAAAAAAUCAAGACAAAAUAUUUAUUUUCUAACACGUGUUAUUACAGUUAUCAUUUUAUAGAUGUUGCUCGACCUUAAUUGGAACUCUUACAACAUAAUACUUAAUCAAUAUCACCGUGGUAACAGUCAUGAUAAACACAGUUGUAUGGCUCUUAUGAUGCCAGGGCUUCUGUAAAGUUGUACCAUGGUUUUCAUAUUCAAAGGUAAACAUAUAUAAGCCAGGUCCUAGGCCCUGGACUUGACCAAGUAACAUGUAGUUAAGGCGAGAGGGCUUUAAUUAAGCACAUGCUCAGAACAUAACAGUGUUACAACACUUUCCUUUUUUUCAGUUCAAAAUCAUUUUUAAGUAAAGCAACAAAACAUCCAUUUUUUUUUCUUAGUACUUUACAAUCUAUUCUGCCAUCACAAAAAGAGCACAUGUUCACCUAUAGGCUCUUUAAAUAAGGAGAGAAUUAAAGACAGUACAUAUACCCCUCUGUCGUACCCUAUCGUUGCUGUUCAUGCAUUCAUAUUUAUAUCCAGAGUAGGUCUAUGGAUUGCCAUGCCUUGUCAUCAAAUAUUAUUUUAUUUUUCAUUAUAAGUUGUUUGUUGUUUUUACUAGGGAAUCUUGGAUUGGAGAACAUGGUUUAAUAAGCCAACAGUACUGUAUCCCAGGCAUGUUAAUAAGGUGUGUUGAAAGCCUGUAGAGUUUGCAUUGUGACACGUCUAUCUCCUAGGCUACAACGUUCCUUUUCUUGUACACAGAC